GAAGAAAUCGCUGGCUUGUCUCGGCAAGAGAGCAAGCAUGGGAGUGAAGCACCUGUGGGACAUCCUGGAAUCGUGCAAGAAGACCAUCCCUCUCCACCACCUCCAGAACAAGAGGGUGUGCAUCGAUCUCUCGUGCUGGAUGGUUCAGCUGCAGAGCGUGAGCAGGACCCAAUUGCAUGAGGAGAAGGUCUAUCUCAAGGGCCUCUUCCACCGCCUCCGAGCUCUCCUUGCUCUCAACUGUAGCCUCAUCUUCGUCACAGAUGGAUCCAUUCCUGCCAUCAAACUAUCCACUUACAGGCGUCGCCUAAAUUCAGGAAUUGAGGUUGAUCGAGAUGAAACGAAUCCACAAAACUUAGCUUCACUGAAAAGAAACAUGGGCUCUGAGUUCUCACGCAUGAUCAAAGAGGCAAAGGUUUUGGGUAAUGCACUUGGAAUCCCCUGCUUAGAUGGGAUGGAGGAAGCUGAAGCCCAGUGUGCACUGUUAAACUCAGAAUCACUAUGUGAUGGAUGCUUCACCUCCGAUUCAGAUGUUUUCCUCUUUGGAGCAAAGACAGUUUACAGAGACAUUUGCCUUGGUGACGGUGGUUAUGUUAUCUGUUAUGAAAUGGCAGACAUAGAGAGACAGCUUGGAUUUGGAAGAAACUCGUUGAUUGCUCUUGCCCUGCUUCUGGGGAGUGACUACUCCCAUGGAGUUCGUGGUUUUGGUCCAGAGUCGGCAUGUCAGAUAGUAAAAUCAGCUGGAGAUGAUGGGGUCCUUCAAAAGAUUGCAUAUGGGGGAUUGCCCAUUCUAAAGAAGACAAAAGGCUCGAAGAAACAGCAGAAGCUGCAUGAGCCAAAUAAUAAGGAAAACUCAUCGCCUAAUGAGUUUGAUGUCAAUGGUAGUGAGGGUAAUUCUCAAGGAAAUGAACAAUUUUUGCAAGUUAUUGAUGCAUAUAUUAGGCCAAAGUGUCACUCUGCAGAUUCUGAAGCUGUCCACAGGGUCCUUGCAAAUCAUCCUUUUCGACGUUUCAAAUUUCAAGAAGUAUGUGCCCAGAUGUUUGAGUGGCCUCCUGAGAAAACAGAUGAGUAUAUCCUACCAAAGAUUGCAGAGAGAGAUUUAAGGAGGUUUGCCAAAUUGCGGUUGGCAUCUUCAGAACUUGGGGUUGAGCUUCCGCUAUAUGAAAUUCCUGUCAAGUGUCCUGUGUCUGAAAUCAUCAAGCAGAGAAAAGUUCUCGGUGUAGAUUGUUUUGAGGUAUCAUGGGAGCACUUGGACGGACUUGAAACUAGCAUCGUGCCUGCUGAUCUUUUGGAAAGUGCUUGUCCUGAAAAGAUACUGGAGUUCAAGGAGAGAAUAGCUCUGCGGAAAAAACAGAAGUGUCAUAAGCCAAGACACAGAAAAUUGAAGAGCGAGUCAUCACUUGCAGAGCUUGAUCUGAAGCUCCAGCAACUGUUGCUCGAAAUCAACUCUGAGAGUGGUAGAAAUCCUAAAACUAAUCCACUUUCUUCAAGAGCCGUAACUCCAGAAAAUGGAAGAGUCGGAAUUGAAGUUGAUCUAUUGGAUGAUGGCUCAUUAGUCGAUCAAGUGCUGGACAUUGAACGUGGUUGUAAUGCUUCCAUGCCCUCUUCUUCAGCUGAUUCCAGGGUCGUAGAAAAGGAGGUCAUCGAUCUCUUAAGCCCCUCGCCAGCAAUCCGGCAUCCAGCUAUUGCUAGAUGCAAGCAUUUUGAUUAUCAGCAUAUUGAUGUAAUCGAUUUAAGCGAGUCAGAUGCUGAGGUGUCACCUGAACAUGAGAGGAAAGCGAGAGAACUACGACAGUUCAUAAUCAAUGUUAGGGAUGACACUCCUUGAGUUGCAUAAAUGAAAAACUUUCAGGUGUUUGUCUUAAAA